AUGAACGUGAAAAUUGCAGUCCUCUUCUUCGCAGUGGCGACGCUUCUCCAGUUAUCGCACUGUAUACCAACGCAUCGUUAUGUUAGACAAACACCGGAUUGGACAUCUAAAAUCAAAGAAUACUUCGGCAAGAUUCCAGGCUACGGGUCAUCUGAAUCACAGACGACACCGUCGCCAACAACCCAGCCAGAAUCAUCAUCGUAUCAGCCAGAUGCCGCUGCAGCAUCUGAGCUACAUCCUUUAAUCGCUACUAAAGAAGGAUCGUCUGGUGUCCCAUCGUUCGGAAGUUACAUUCCAAGUGGUAUGCCAAGUGGUAUGCCAAGUAUGCCAAAUAUGCAAAGUUAUUACCCUAGCCAAAUGCCUCAAUCAAUGAACCCUAGUAAUUACAUGAACUCAAAACCAGGCAGUUCCUCCAGUGCUGCGGGAAAUACCGGAUCCGCAUCUGCACCAGAAGCUUCAAUAGCUGCUAAAGAAGGAUCGUCUGGUGUCCCAUCGUUCGGAAGUUACAUUCCAAGUGGUAUUCCAAGUGGUAUGCCAAGUGGUAUGCCAAGUAUGCCAAAUAUGCAAAGUUAUUACCCGAGCCAAAUGCCUCAAUCAAUGAACCCUAGUAAUUACAUGAACUCAAAACCAGGCAGUUCCUCCAGUGCUGCGGGAAAUACCGGAUCCGCAUCUGCACCAGAAGCUUCAAUAGCUGCUAAAGAAGGAUCGUCUGGUGUCCCAUCGUUCGGAAGUUACAUUCCAAGUGGUAUUCCAAGUGGUAUGCCAAGUGGUAUGCCAAGUAUGCCAAAUAUGCAAAGUUAUUACCCUAGCCAAAUGCCUCAAUCAAUGAACCCUAGUAAUUACAUGAACUCAAUACCAGGCAGUUCCUCCAGUGCUGCGGGAAAUACCGGAUCCGCAUCUGCACCAGAAGCUUCAAUAGCUGCUAAAGAAGGAUCGUCUGGUGUCCCAUCGUUCGGAAGUUACAUGCCAAGUGGUAUACCAAAUAUGCCGAGCAUGUCGAGUAUGCAAAGUUAUUACCCGAGCCAAAUGCCUCAAUCAAUGAACCCUAGUAAUUACAUGAACUCAAUACCAGGCAGUUCCUCCAGUGCUGCGGGAAAUACCGGAUCCGCAUCUGCACCAGAAGCUUCAAUAGCUGCUAAAGAAGGAUCGUCUGGUGUCCCAUCGUUCGGAAGUUACAUGCCAAGUGGUAUACCAAAUAUGCCGAGCAUGUCGAGUAUGCAAAGUUAUUACCCCAGCCAAAUGCCUCAAUCAAUGAACCCUAGUAAUUACAUGAACUCAAUACCAGGCAGUUCCUCCAAUGCUGUGGGUACGGGCAAUACCGGAUCCACAUCUACACCAGGCUCAGCAUAG